GUCAGGCAUGGGAAGCCUGCUUCAAGCCUGAAGCUGAAGAAAGAGAUGAAGAAAAUCUUGUCUGAAGAAAGCUCCCUGAACAAGUCUCGGACUAAGAUGUCCAAGAUGAGAUCGGGAGUUAACAUAAAGACUAUUUUUGAAAAUAAGUUUGUGGAAGCUGAAGAAAAGGACUCCUGUAGCUUUUUUAAGAAGAAACGACCCGAGACUCAGCCUUCAGGAGGCCUUAAAGUCAAAAAGUCUUCUAUAUUAAAGAGAUUAAUGAGCCCAAGAAUUGGAAGAGAUAAGAGAAAAUACUGCAUUCAGAAAAGCCCGAAGUCUUCCUUACUUGGAAGUAGAGGUGGAAGGAGGUAUAAGAGUCCAAGCGCUCCAACUGUGAGACCUAGGACCAGCUCAACCAAUUUUCGCAAACCCAGAUUCUCAUUUUGCAACCGAAACCACUUACAGAAAUUGCAGAAUAUUAUGAAUGAGUCUGAGAACUGAGGUAUGAGUGGGAGCAAGAUGGUUUCUGGUGCCAAACUAUACAUGAGGAAGAUGAAUUUAGCUUUUGACCAAGUCCUAGAGAACAUUAACACAUCCAGAAUGCUGCGUAAUAGUAAUGGUCAACUUUGCAAAGCUUUGGAGGAUGCCUACCUCGAGAAGCUUGAAGAAGCAGAGGAUGAGAGCCGAGAAGCCAGGAAGAUAAUCUCUGAGUACCAUAAAGAAGUGCUGAACCCCAAUCCAAAGAUGGUCAGGAUGGAAAUCCAAUGUAAUAAACUGAAGAGAAAGAAGAUGUUGUCAUGAAACUCAUAA